AUGUCGGACGCGCCCGCGCUGCGUCUCAGGCUGGGCGCGAUCGGGGCGGUGCUCCGGGCUGUCCAUGGGGCCGAUCGGCACCGGGCGUUGUCGAGGGUUCAGUCCAACGCCGUCGUCGCCAUGCUGCACCGCGCGUGGGCAAACAUCCCACGCGAGGAUCAGGCAGCGCUGUCACUUAUGAUCAUCAGUGUGGACUGGUACCAGGGUCACGACGGGCCAAUGACGGCUAUACUUGGCAGGGAUUCAUCCGCGGCGUUGAAGCGCGCCCGUCAAGCCCAGCAGAAGUACACAGGCUUCGUCGAGUUCCUCACUGAAGACAAAUGGUCCAAAUUGAUGCCCGAUGACGGCGGCGUCAACGCGUGCGAGCACGCGACCAAGCAGAUGGCUUCGAUGUGGCUUCUCAUGUGCGAUCCUAACGCGCACAAGAUGAACGGUUUUCAGUUGAAGGCAAACCAUGGCUACGUCAAGAAGGAAUACAGGAACAUUGCAGGCAAAUCCCCGAGGCCCGACACCUACAUGGCCACGCUGCCGAGUCUGCCAACUGACCUGGCGCGUUCAUACCCGCGGGCCUACGCCAAGGCACGCUGCGCUCGCGCGGGCGACGGGCCCGCGCGGUGCCCCCUGGACAUGGCCAAGCUUCGGGGCAUUGGCAAUGCGCAUCGGUGCAGAGGAAUGGGGGCCGAGAAGCACGCGGCUCAGCCAAUGGGCGGAGGGCCGCAGGGCCCGGGCAAUGCGGCAAGCGGCCAGUUGGUGCCAUUCGCCCCGAGCGGAGGGCCGCAGGACGACAUCGGGCAUAUUCUUGCCCAGCAGGCCCAGCAGAUGCAGCGCGCGCAGACCAUGGCCACGACCGCCAUGCCCCUCGUGGCGGGAGGGCGCGUCGGAGCGGGGGCGGGCUCAGCAGGUGACGGAAUAGCGCAAUUCAUGGAUGCCUCAGAGGUCUUCGGGGGCGCCGCUCGGCCGGGCCGCCGCGGGACCAACGCGGCGCCAGGUCCACCUGCCGCGGCUCCAGCGGCCGCGGACCCAGCUGCCGCAUCGCCGGCCGCAGCUCCAGCUGCCGCUGCCGCAGCUCCAGCAGCCGCCGCGCCCGCUGACUGCGCUGGGGCAGUGGCCUUGGCAGCCCCAGCGAAUGCACCGCAAACCCUGGCGCAGAACUUGAAGCGCACGGUGGGUCAGGCCAUGGGCACGAUGCAGGCGAAGCGCGAAGAGGCCAAGGCGAAAUCCAAGGCGAAGAGGGCAAUGAAGAAGCCCGCGGCAAAGCCAGCCAAGGCGAAGAAGGACGACGAGGAAGAUGGGGGGGCAAAGAAGACGCCGACGCCGGGUGCCCGCACGACCAAGGAGGUAACGCUCGCGCAUGGGAAGCGCGGCGCGGGCGACACGGCUGCCAAGUUGGGCCCGCCCAAGACAAGGGCCGACAGGGCGACCAAGGCGACCCCGCCCAAGACGAAGGCCAACAAGGCGACCCCGCCCAAGACGAAGGCCGACGAGAAGCUGAUCGACAUCUCCGACCUGGCAGUCCUGACAAAGAAGACGCUGAACGCCACCGCGCGCGAGCGCUUCGCUUCGAAGGCCUACCACGCGGCGAGGCAGAGGGCGAAGGCCGCUGGCAAGCCGACAGGCGAGAUGAAGGAGCUCGGCAGGAUGGCUCACGCGGCUUCAGCGGCUAGCUGGGACAAGCUCAAGGGCGGCUGA